AUGACGUCAACGAAAGAAUCACCGUCUAGCUACAGCCAGUUUGCUUGUAUUGGCGCUGGAUUCUCAGGCAUUGCCCUGGGAGCCACGCUCAAGCGAUGGUACGGAAUCACCGACGUUCGCUUCUUCGAACGGCACAGUGACCUCGGUGGGACAUGGUAUGCAAACAAAUAUCCCGGCGCUGCUUGCGAUGUCCCUAGUGUUCUCUACAGUUACUCUUUCGAACCCAAUCCCAAUUGGUCUCGGGUUCUUCCUUCACAGGAGGAGCUUUGGAAGUACCAGAAACACGUCGCGGACAAGUACGGUCUACCGUCAAAGAUGACAUUUGGUGUCGAAGUCCAAAAAUGUCAAUGGAUUGAAGAAAGAAAGAGAUGGGUUCUUGACGUUCGUGACUACAAGACUGAUGUCAUGUUUCAGCACGAAUGCAGGUUCCUCUUUGCGGGCUCUGGCAUUCUUGUUACGCCACGAGAGAUUGACAUUCCUGGCUCUGAGAACUUCAAAGGUUCCAUUUUUCACACAUCACAGUGGAGGAGUGACGUUGAUGUCAAGGACAAAAAUGUCGUCGUCAUCGGGAAUGGGUGUACAGCUGCCCAAAUCGUCCCCUCGAUCGUCGACAAGACAAAACAUCUGACCCAGAUAGUCCGUGCCAAGCACUGGAUGCUUCCGCCUAUUGAUGGCGUAUAUACUGAUUGCAUGAAGUCUAUCUUCAAAUAUCUACCAGGGACGAUGAUGAUACAACGGCUGCUGAUAUUCUUGUUCGCUGAGAUUGAGUUAAAGGCUGUUCCUAUGACUACCUCCGCUGCGAAAUUCCGUCAGAAACAACGCGCUUAUGCGGAGAAGUUCAUGAGAGACACUGCCCCGGCCAAGUAUCAUGACCUAUUGAUUCCGGACUUUGAGAUCGGCUGCAAGAGACGGAUCUAUGACUCUGGAUACCUGAAAUCACUUCACUCGAAGAAUCUGACUCUGACCAACGAGCGAGCUCUGAAAAUUGUCGAGAACGGAGUCGAGACGGACCGUGGCUUUAUCGAAGCCGAUGUCAUCGUGCUGGCCAAUGGCUUCUCUACGAAUACAUUCCUCGAAGGAGUCGAGGUUGUUGGGAGAGAUGAAACAUUAACUCAGCACUGGGAAUCGUUUGGUGGAGCUGAGGCCUAUAACUGUUCUGCUAUGAGUGGCUUUCCCAACUUCUUCAUGCUUCUAGGCCCCAAUGCGACAACAGGUCACACUUCGGCUAUUAUGGCCAUCGAGAACAGUGUCAACUUCGCACUGCGCAUCCUCAAGCCUGUCCUCGGCAGCCCUAACGGAGUCAUUGAGCUCGACAGAGAUGCCGAAGUGCGGUAUGUCAAUCGCAUCCAGGACGACCUAUCCAAAACAGUAUGGAACUCGGGUUGCCAAAGCUGGUACAUCCAACCCCACUCGGAGAACAGCCGAGUAUGGAAUGCCAUGGUUUAUCCAUAUUCUCAGGGAUAUCUGUGGUACAGAAGCCUGUUUCCUGUUUGGCGCGACUGGAGGAUCACUCCCCUCUACCGUUACGAUCAACUACCAGCCAACAGUAUCCGCUUACUUCGGCUACUGCCGCAUCAAGAUGAGCGUGCACCUAUAACAUGUCAACUAUUCAACUGCGUCCUGGAGAACUCAGGAAGUUGUCGUCCGUAUGAGGCUCUAUCGUAUGUUUGGGGCUCAAACCAUAAGCCCGAGUCAAUUUUAAUAGACGGCUGCGACUUGCCCAUUGGUAAAAACCUCUUUGCUGCAUUAUUGCAUCUUCGAGAUCGCUCCAUUGAGCGAAUUCUAUGGAUCGAUGCGAUAUGUAUUAAUCAACAAGAUACGAAAGAGAAAGGACAUCAAGUCCAAUCUAUAGCAAAGAUCUACGCCUCGGCGACUCGUGUAAUCGUUUGGCUUGGAAAAGCGACUGUUGGCAUCGACCAAUCGCUCGAAGUAAUACGCAUUGCCGGAUUUGCGGGGAAGCAGCCUACAAUUACCCAAACGAACGAAAAUUCAAUCCUUGAAAUAGUUAGGGCACCUUGGUUUCAACGCAUCUGGGUACUCCAGGAGGUUGCAGCAGCUCGGCAUAUAGUGGUCAAAUGUGGUCAUGCUGAGAUUGACGGUGACCGCCGCGACAAGAUUUAUGCCUUACUCGGCAUGUGCUCUGACGAUCCUACCAAUUCGAAUUUAGUAGUCAAUUACAAUACUCCAUGGGUAACGGUCUUCCAGCAAGUCGUCAAUUUCAUCCUCGGCAGUGCAUCAUCUGUGGAAACUUGGGAUAGCAGGGAACUAGCAGUGAUCAGAAUCAGAGGCUGCGUUCUAGGCCAAGUAUCUUCAUUCUACCGUGAUCUUGAUCGGGAGGGUAAGCAAAGCGUACGCAUUGGUUGGAACUGCGAGUAUACCAAGAAGGAGUUAUCCUCAGACUUGGAGCUUUUGGACCAGCUUUGCGAACAAAACGGCUUCGAUCCACCGCAGGGAAUCGAGGCUCUCCAUCCUCUCCACCUCGCGGCUGCAUUCCUGGAUGGCGGCAACCAGUGCUGCGGGGUUUUCACUGACCUUUUUCAGAUUCUUUCCCCAACCUUUGCCUUUUAUCGUAAUAUCGAUGGCCAUGGACAUACAAUCCUUGAUGCUCUCAUAGUGACCGUACUUCGCUCUCAUACCAGUAUUCAACCAGGUGAUGUAAGCUACGGAUUCCAUUCGCCCAAUCGAUUUCCUGGAGAAGAAAACGACAUCUGUGGUAGAUGGGAUGCAGAAGCCCCAAUUGUCCGCGAGCUCUUCGAACAGGGAUAUGCUCGGAUACCUACCAGAUGGAAGCACCCCUUCUGUCAUACAGCCGUGCAAGCGGUUUGUCACAGUAUCAUUGCCAUCUUCGCUUCGCCUGCAUCGCCAAACAUUGACACGCCGAGUGGCUUAUUUGUACGACGCUGUACAACAUGUGGUCUCGAACUCAAGCUCGGCCCUAUACAUACCCUUGUUAUUGUAGCCUUCUACCUGGCUCAGUUGGGAAUGCCAGGAGAAACGUUGUUUGGAGCACUUGCGAUGCUGACUUGCCUUACUGCCCUUGGAGCGGACGUUACGACCAAGGCAAAUAUUUCUGUGGAAGGGAUUCUGAGAUCCUCAGACGGAGGGGAGUGUCGCCACACGCUACUGUCACCACUUGAGCUCAUGAAAGCCAUCCCUGAAGGUGUCAUUGAAGCUUGGAGUGAGUGUUGCCAGAUCGGCUGGGGCUGUCUCACUGAAGUAUUGGUCCUUGUUGCAUCAGAACGGGAUCAAGAAAGAGGCUCCCGCUCGCAAGCAUCGGUGGGUCCAGUAGGAGACGAGUGGUCAGGUACCCCGGCGUCAAGCCACAGCGAAUCCUCGGCCCAUGACUCAUGCUGGGUGAUAUUCCAAGAGGAGUGUCAUGACAACUGGCUCAAGCUGCCAUGCAACGGACCACGGAUUGGCCUUCUCUGGGCCUCAAUCCAGACUGAGCUACUCACAUACCGCAGGGUCAGGGACGGAGAUUCUUGGAUAUCUGAGAAAUUCUCUAUGAAGGCGCUAAAUACUUGGCUCAAGGCAGAACAUACAGAGCUAUCAAUGCCUCUCGUACAGAACCGGAUAUUCAAGGUGCAUACGCGUUGCGGAUGGUUUGGUAAAGCCUUGGAAUUCCUCUGCCCAACUGCCGAGGACGUCUGCACAAAGUACUUCAUGAACAUGGAAAUCGAUAGCAAGACAUCAUAUAUCGAGCAGCCUGACCUCCUUGGAUCUUUUGAGAGUCGAGAACAGGUAGAAGACGAAAAACAGUAA